CGAUACAGCAGCGCGAAAGCGGCUGGUAGUGCAGUGUACAUGCACAAAGCAACAAAGGUAAAAUGCAUUUGGAGCCUCAUAAAAAUUGUUAAUGCAACAACAAGUAAUGCAGAAUAAAAACCAAACAAACGAGAAAAUAAUAUUUGUUAAAGUCAGACAUCAGCCAAUUGCCAGUGUCCAGUAACCAUUUCAGCUUAUAUUCGUAAUUCAGAGAUUCUAGUUUUUCAUCUUUGGGUUGAUCGUGGAAGAAAAUUGCAGCGCAGAGUUCACACAGCAGAGAAGUGCGGAAAAGGUGAGCUGGGUUGAAAUGAGAGGCGUCGAAGAAAACACCUUGCUAGACUCUAGCAUUUGCAUUUGUUCAGUGAAGUGAACGGCUUGGCAUAAAAAAAAAACGCAUAGCUUAAAGCUGUUUUUAAUGAAAAGUGAAAUAAUAAAAAAUCAGUUGAUUGCAAUGCACUAACGGAGCCAGCAGCAAACUUACAUAAAAGUAAAUACAUUAGAAGAAUCUAGCUAAUUGAAUCAAUUGGUAGCAAAUCAGUAGGAGCAGAGAUUAAUAUUUGUGCUACCGUAACUUUACUACAAAUUUUGGUUGUUAGACAAAAAAAUGGGUAUGAACAAUUUAUCAAUUGAUGGCGAGUUCCGUUACAUCAUACAGUGGUUUAACGAGUGGAGUGAAUUGCAGCGUGAUGAUUUUGUGCCGGUGUUGGUGGAGUAUCUGCUGCAAGGAGAAGCUGGUGCUGGUCAAGUCUAUAUGAACGGGAUGGUGAACUCAGUGGCACAUGCGGGUAUCCAAGAUAAGCCAAUGAGCUUAUUUCAAUGCAGGAUAAAACUUUUCCGAGAAUGGAAUAAAAAAUGGCCUUUAGAACUAAAGUUGAAACUACAAGAGAAAAUUACAGAAAUGGAUUCGAAAGUAGGGGAGAAGAUCGUAAACGAAAUCAAGUCACAUGGCGGCGAACAAUUGAACAUUGAAAUGAAUGGUUUUAACGGUGUCGGAGAAGAUAUAGAAGCACCUACUGAACCUGAGGUGGGCGACGAGGGAAAUUCAACGUCUUUUGGUGUCACUGACGAACUUUCAGAGACAACAGAGGAAGCUACCAACUUGGAUAGCCAAAUUGUAGCAGCAUUGAACAAUGAAACACCGGUUGAUGACAAUAUCACUCUAACAAAUACAAACAUUAGUACUACUGAAGUAGACUCUACCGCUGUCACAGUGAAUUCUUUUAUUGAUACACAACUGCGCUUGGAACCUGCUGAUCAAGAUCUAAUGCAAGCACAAAGCAUAUUCGAAGAAAAUAGUGUAUUGGCUGAUUGUAGCCCAAACACGACUGCCACUGUCGCAUAA